AGCUUGAAGAACAUGCGCGACACCCCUAUGAGGUUCCGCGCCUGUUUGGUGCUUAUAAAACGUCUCAUCUACUCAUUUUGUUUUACUUUUACACUAAACUCGGCCGCCGACUAUUCAUAAAAGGAAUACCUAAAAUGGCCACACAGAUGGGAUUCCUAUCUUAUGGAGUAAUUUUGACACUUACAGUUUUAACUGUGUUAUUGCCAAUACUAACGACAGGGAACGUCAUAGACCAGAGAGUACUGCAGAGAGAACUUGGAGAAAACUCUCCUGAAAUAAUGUCAAUGAACGACAAGGACGAUUUCCGCGACAUUGAAGAACCCGCUGUCGAUGAUUAUACCAUAAAAACUAAGAGCGAAGACCAAAACCUCGAGAAUGCGCUGUUCGACUACCUGUUUGCCAAACAAAUGAUGAACAGGAUCCGAGCCCGGACGGAUUCGUAUCGCGCGCAGAAGAAGAGAAGUUAUUGGAAGCAAUGCGCUUUCAACGCGGUUUCGUGCUUUGGUUAACUCUGACGUGCGCGCGCAUCGGCCGCAUAAUAAUAAUAUAUAAAAUCACAAAAUAUAUAUUAUAUCAUUUACGGCAGCACAUUAGCCCUUAAUAUAAUAAAGAUACAUACAAUGCUUUUUAAUAUUCAACUAUUUAUUUGGAUUAUAAUAUUACAUUACCUAUGACUGUAGUUAUUUGCCCACAUUUAGGUACCUAUUUAUAUAGUGUUUAUUGAUACCCACGCCAAAAACCUAUCGUUCAAUAAUUAUUCUCAUGUCGCAAAAAUAA